AUGCCUAGGCGAGGAAGUCGUGAUUUUCCUCCUUCCGCUCGGGAAGAGUUGCGAAAACAGUUUGUGGAGUUACGCCAAGGUACUACACCUUUGGUGCGGUUCGAAAGGUGGUUUGCUAAUCUGUCGAGGUUUGCUCCAGAAUUGGUGGAGACGGAGGACUUGCGCUGUUUCGAGUUUGAGAGUAAGCUGCGUGACGACAUUCGUGUAAGGAUAGCGGGGUCUUGGCAUAAAAGAUAUAGUGUGCUUGUUGAGGCAGCUGCCCACGUAGAGAUUGCGGUGCUAGCAAUGGGGCAGGGUGGGGAGGGAGCCAUCUCGACAACUCCCGUGACUCAGGGUGUUGAUAGGCCCUUUAAGAGGCAGAGGGGUUUAAACCCGCAACAGGGAGGUCGGGCUAGAACUACCCUUCUAGUGUCGGAUUUGGGUUCGGGAGAAUGUAAACAGAGGGGUGUCUUUUGUUAUAAAUGUGGUCUACUGGGCCACAAGGUUUCGGGUUGCCUACAGAGGAAGGGGGCAGGACUAGCAGUUCAACCAGUAGUUGUACCACCAGGAUCAUUUAACCAGCCGGGUUUUGGACCGAUCAAAUGCUCAGUGGGGAGGCAGUUGUUGGGGUCUUCAUCAGCCCAGAUUCUGAACCAGUCUCGUGCUCAGGCACCGCCUACUUGUUGGAUGUGUAAUCAGCCGGGUCAUAUUCGACGUUCUUGUACUCAGCCGGGAGCUUCUUUAGGGGUUUUGCAACCUAGCCAGGCUCAGUUUCAUUCAACUGAGCAGGAACAGUAUCGUUUUGGGUCAACCUAG